AUGCUGGCCCCAUUGCUGGGUCGUUGCGGGCUCCCCACUCGCGCUAGCUGGGGCUAUCUCUCUGUCCAGUCUUCGAGAGGGCAGCGGUUCUGCAUGCAUACCAAUCGUGGGAUAAUAACCCAACUGCUACGUCUCAUUGACUCCACACAGCACAUACAGCAGUAUCUCGGCCAGUUUCACCCUUCGCAGGGCGAAUCUCUGGCCGUAAUCGCUCUCGGGCCGGACUCACUCUCUCCGCCGCGAACCGCCGUGCGCGAGCAGCUCGAACAGCUUGCCGGCUCACUAGCAUUCCUACGCAGAGUCGGUCUGUUUCCUGUUGUCGUACAUGGUGAGUUAGACCUGGAUCUUCCGUCCAUAUCGAGAGUGGAGGGGCCCAACGAUCAGCCGAAUCGACUAUGUCGCAUCCGCACGACGAACUACCAGCUCAGCGCGCUCCUGGAGCAGCAGGAUGUCGAGACACGGCCCAUCUCCUCUGGUAUAUUUACGGCCGUCUCUGAAUCUGACGGCACGAUGUCCUACCAUCAGGGCCAUGUGACAGAUAUUGCCACCCAGGGAAUCAAGUCCGCUAUCCAUAAUGGCUAUAUACCGGUCGUGGCAGCAUUGGGCACUUCAUCUGCAGAGUCUCGCACGUAUGCGCUGGACACCCAUGAUGCCGUUGCGCAAUUGGCGCGAGUACUGCAACCGUUGCGUAGUAUUUUCCUCGUUCGCGACGCCUCUCCCUCCUCCAUGUCGGCACUCAUCGCUACUUCUCCCGCGAUGCACGAUCUAUCGCGCGAACUCAGGCCUCAUGCCAGUAUCAUGCUGGGGGAGGCCACGGCCUUGCGCAGCACCAUCUUUCCUGAUCCCGCGCUCUGGACGGUACUGCGUAAUGCACGGAUCGUCCAGUCUGCCACCUCUCUCCAGGAUUUUCCUUCACGAGAGGCCCUUCGCACCGCCCUUCAGCGUCACGUCAUCUCCAAUGGGGCCAUUGACAUCGAUGCACUCCUAACGCAGCUUGAGACCAGGGACUUCAUCGCUUAA